AUUUAACGCGUUGUAAUAACCUCGUAAGCAAUAACCAUCGUCAAAAUCUCAGGAAAAUCUAUUUCCGUUUACUUCCGGUUUUAAACCGGAGGGGCCAGUCACGGCGGAUUUAGACUGCAUAGGAUUCCUGUGGUUUUUCGGAGUUCAAAAUGGCGGACAGUGCAAGAGAAAAAGACGUAUGCGAAAGAACUAAAAAGUCUACGAAAGAAAAACAAAGUGAAGGUUUUCUCCACACUUCAGAUACAAACAAGAGGAAAGAUGUCGAACUCUCGGAGCCAAGAAACGAUGUUAUCUUCGAUUCCUCAGAAAAAAGAAAGCCGAUAUGCCCGACAGGUCCGGUAAAGAUAGGUUUCAAGACAAAGGCUGCUUCGGGAAUUUCUAUAAAACUCGUGAGUAUGGGAGCUCCAGAAGCUAAAAAGAAAAAGCCUGAGGCUGUCCUGCCAAAGAAGGGGGCAGUUGCUGCCAUAUUUGGGGAUGACGAGAGUGACGAAGAGGAAAUGCCUACAGAAGCCAAAAUGAGAAUGAAAAACAUUGGAAGGGAUACUCCCACAUCUGCAGGGCCUAACUCCUUCAACAAGGGAAAGAAAGGUUUCACUCAUCACCACAAAGUGUUUGAAAAAGAGCUCAAAGAAACAAAGCCACCAUCCUAGAUAGUGUAAUUUACCCAUAUCGCAACUAGUAACCAUACCUGUGUACAGCUCAACAUUCUGUCAAAGAGAGCCCAGUAGUUGGAAAAGAAGUCUAGAAGAGCCUUACAUGCAACCAAAACAGAUCUGUAGCUAGGGGAGUAUGGGGAUCUUGCCAUCUUUCAAGGCUUGAAUGUCUGCUCUUAUGAAGAGAAACUGGUCCAUUAAAUGGCCCUACCCCCCCCCCCCCCCCUCUCCCCUGCCCAAUAACCUUGUCACAGGACUGUUGAGGGUCUGCUCAAAUGAGAGAAAAUUGAGUACCAUUGCAUGCUUUUAGGUAAAGAUACUGACAGACAGAUAGACAGUGAUUGACAGAUAGACAAUAAUUGACAGAUAGGCAAUGAUAGUCCUCAAAAUGGGCGCGAGAUUCUCUUGCUAAACAAAACAAGACUGUUUACUCUGACGGGAGAAUAUCGUUCUUCUUUAGACCAGGAGGCAAAGUGAAAUACUGUAUUAUACACAUGCAAAAUGUAAAAACUGUUUUAAAUAAUAUAAGAUAUUAAAAUGUCUUUAAUAGGCAAA